AUGAGGAGCACGACUUUCAGCAAGAUCCAUGAGGACGUGCUAGGCACGACUUUCAGCAAGAUCCAUGAGGAGUCAGGCCGAGUAUAUGUAGGGCAUAAUUUGAGCGUGCUAGGCACGACUUUCAGCAAGAUCCAUGAGGACGUGCUGGGCACGACUUUCAGCAAGAUCCAUAAGGACGUGCUGGGCACGACUUUCAGCAAGAUCUAUAAGGACGUGCUAGGCACGACUUUCAGCAAGAUCCAUGAGGACGUGCUAGGCACGACUUUCAGCAACAGCGAGAUCUACGAGGACGUACUAGGCACGACUUUCAGUAAGAUCCAUGAGGACGUGCUAGUAGGCACGACUUUCAGCGAGAUCCAUGAGGACGUGCUGGGCACGACUUCUUUUAUUAGCGAGAUCUAUGAGGAGUUAGGCCGGGUAUAUGCAGGGCAUAAUUUGAGCGUGCUAGGCACGACUUUCAGUAAGAUCCAUAAGGAGUCUACGGGAGCGGAGGCGGGAACGGAAGCGCGCAAGUAG